UCUCUCUCUCUCUCUCUCUCAAUCCCUCAUUCAAUUCAUGGUUGCAUUUGUCCACAAAAUUAGAUCAAUUAAAAGAGUUGAGCAUUAGUUUCAGUGAAUUGGAGACUCAAUUAAGUUUUCACACAAUUCUGGCUUCAGUUCAUAGAAACUGAUGAACAGAAGUGUCUAUAAAAACAAAACAAGUAAUUCUGCCUUUAAUUCACGAAUUUAUUUAACUUCAGAUACAAAACAACACAAACAUAGAAAUCGAUUGAAUUUUUUUGUGUUUGUGUUUGUGUUUUUUUGUGUAUGAGAAAUAAAAAUAGAAAAUGUUUAGUAUUAUUGCUAAUAAACAAUAACUAAAUUGUUUUAAUCAGUGGUUCAGAACCGGGAGAACAAGACGUAAAGCAUAGGUUUGCGGUCGAAUGGGGAACAUAUUUAGCGAGUUCAAGAGACUUCAUAUACGCUUACAUCGAUGUGAGGAGCAGUCGAGGCACUGGAAGUACAUUAGGAAUACACGAAACGUGGCAUCAAAUGGAAACUACAGAAGUGAAUGACUACAUGAAAGUGAUUGAAUAUCUCAAAUCCAAAUACCAUUACAUCGAUAACUCACGGAUUGCUGUGUGGGGCUGGGCUUAUGGCGGAUACAUAGCGGCAAAGAGUUUAAUCCAAAGUAAUCAACAAAUAUUUAACUGCAGUCUCGCAGUGGCGCCGAUCACUAACUGGCUUUAUUGGGACUCGUUUACAUCUGAACGCUAUUUCGGUGACCCCCGGGUCUCAGAGGAUAGGCAUCGGUAUGAGAGCGCGAAUCUCAUCUUAAAAGCGGAUCAGUUUCUGUAUAAACGUCUGUUCAUUCUUCACGGAACGGCUGAUGAUUCCGUUCAUUUGCAGCACACUUUCAAACUAAUGAAAGCCCUGAAUAGCGCUGGAGUUCUCUAUAGAUCUCAAAUAUAUCCCGAUAGUAAUCACUAUUUGGAUGACAAGUUAUGGACAGCAAUGGAUCAGAUACAUGUGUCAUCACUGAUAGGUUCCUCAGAAAGAAAGCGUUUCUAUAAAUGUGUGACAAUUGUUGAGAACGAAGACAAAUAUGAGAUCAAUUUGGACGGAAGGAAACUGAAGACACCCAACGGUCACCUCUUCUACACCCCUAACCAGUCGUUGGCUCUAAUGGUGGCCAAUGAGUGGCAGACACAGCAGCGGAUGAUCCAGUUAUCAACCAUGCAUUUGACACAACUGACUAACACUGCGAUCGACAAUCCCGGACACGAUUGCCGACAAUCGUUGGCCAAUAGUAUACUAGAGUUCAUCGAUUCGGACACUCUUUGCUUUCGGGUUAACGAACCCAAAGAGUUAUCGCAUUUACAACAAACACAUUGGAGUCCAAUCGUUGAGUGGUUUGAACACCGAUUUGAGUGUCAAAUACCGAUCACAGACACCAUUGCAUUGAAUCCAGUGUCCGAUGAGAUCAAGAAAAACAUUUUCAGACAUCUGUGUUCACACAAUCGGUGGUCAUUAAUAGGACUCAAGUUUGCGACAGAAAAUCUCAAGUCAUUAAUACUAUCGUUAGCUUUGACUCAACGAAGACUUUCGGUCGACAAAUGUGUGGAUUAUUCGCGUCUCGAAGAGGACUUUGAGAUCCAAGAGUGGGGCAGAAUUGAGUCCACACAUGACCUCGAAUUGCACGCAUUGAGGGCCAGAGUGUCGGCCGCUUUGCUCUUCUAUUUCACAAACUGUGAAAACAGACAACUCUCGCAAAAAGGCGACUCUUAUGCUAAGACUCUUGAAUCGGUUGUUUAG